CACAUUCCGCCCCUUCACGACUAUUGCCAAGACCUCUAGACCAAGUUACCACAUUACGACCACAUUUCGUCCCACAGUGCGUCCCUCAUUCAAAUCGCGGCCCCUUCCAUCUCAAGUUCCUGCUUUAAUAGAAGAUACUGCCAUAUUUGAUCCUGCUCUCUCUGACUUGGAAGAGCUUGGAUUUCAAUCGGAGCGAAUCCAUAUGGAUGAUUUGCUUGAGGCUGAGCCGGACUCAGAUGAAAGUGAAAUCUUCACUCCAAUCACUGGAACUCCCACCACCACCACAAUUACAAGUAACAAAAGUGUCUUAAUGAGCGCACCUCGAUCAAGUACAGACAAUUGGGAGGAUGAGAGUGACAAUGAUGGCCAGACUAUUAGCCAUCAAAACGACGAUGAUCUGAAUGGUUUCAAGCGUCAUGAAGCCAACAGAAAACUGGAGCCGAAAUCAAGUGAGGAAAAUGACCCGAGUCGGGAGAAAGAGGACAAUGACGUUGACGAUGAUAAUGAUAAUGAUAUGGAAGAAUUGAUCAGAGAUUGGGGUGAAAGUAUCAUUCGGAGUGUGAAGGCUAACAAUAAGAUUAACCACACGGAGGGCACUUCAAAAUCAAGCAGACAACCGACUCGCCAUCGCCAUCGCCAUAGAGUGCAUAUUGAGAAUCUUGACACAAUCUCUACAACACAAGACGACAAUGGCAUAUCAACGGAGCCAACGAAUCGGCUUGUGCGACAAUUGCCAACCACCCUCUCACCCACUGAUCUCAUUAAGCAAGCUGAUCCUGCGCCGUAUGCAUCAACUGGGCAUACCCGUUACAAUGUCCCACAAUAUCAGUCGACCACGCCUAGGGUGGUUUCUUCGACAUUUUUUAACGGACAUGGCAUUGUUCCAACAAAUGCUCUAGAAUCCAAAUCGAAAUGGCAAGGGCCGACCAUUCCUCCACUAAGAAGAAACCAGUUCAAUGCUCACAACUACUUUGACUCAAGCACGACUGAGAGCGAGACAAGGGUGUCAUUGUCAAAUUACUUGGCAGAUGAUAUGGACCAAUCUUCACAAGAUUCCAUUACAAAGUAUAGCUACAAAUUUCUGCCUCAUAACCAAAUUCCUGGCAAACCAAAGGUUACUGAUAGUCCUCUCGUAUCAAUUAUGGCUCAGUCAAAAACCUCCCCAGAUGGAUUAUUUCAUCCAGAACAAGCCACGCCUCUACCCAAGCACAGAAAUGUGACAUUGAGUUAUUCCCACUUUGGUUCCAAAUUUCAAAAGGACCCUCCGGAGAAAACCACACCUGUUGUCACCACAUUCCGUCCCGAUUUUACUAACGAGUAUCAAGAUCUAAGGUACAUGUCCAACAAAGACGGAAGCAGACCCAAGAAAUUGGGUCCCAGUCCCACGCCCUCCACUUUCCAGAUUGUGAGAGACUUCCCCAAAGCCUUGAGAGGCGAUACCUUCAACCUUUUCCGGCAUCCCACCAGGGUCCCCAACCUGGUGUCUGAUUCGAUUCGACAGGAUUCGGUUCGAAAGUAUUCGUACCGUACCACUGAAUUGCCCGUUCGAGAAAUUACUCAACCUGUAGUGAAGCAACUACCUUCCACUAGAGCUACUUUGACGAGAUCCCCUCCGCAGCCCGAUUUGCAAAAGUUGCCCGGGCUGAGGCCUAACCCGAAGAACCACCAACCUCCUUUCCCCGCCUUGCCAGCAUUUGUUCCCGGGAAGCAGAAGUCAGGCGUUUUUAAUAAGACUGAACGCCCUACUCUUCGUGAGAAUGUGGAGGAUUCCACCGAGGACGCUUCAUUUCAAGUGAUGAACAAAAUCAAAGAGCUCAAAAACGCGACUCAAAAGGAAGAAAGGAAAUUUGGGACCAGCCUUGACAGGAUGAAGUCCAGAAGGAAGCCCUUCUUUCCCAGGCGCAGAUAUUCGCGACCCAAAUUGACAAGAUCGAAAGAGCAGAAGUUCUCCGUUGGGGCUAGUGUGGUGACAAGAGCACCCGACGGAUAUAGGAUCGAAUCGCCCAAUCUCUUUUUGGAGGUGGAUUUCCCUGCCAAUGGUGAUCGCGAAGCAACUAUAUCUCGAAAAGACAUCAGAAGAGUAAACCCUAAAAGGGGACGUCAAAGAUUGUCCACUAUCAAACCAAAGAUUCCGAAUCCAACCAUUGACAAACUACGAGACUUUUCCAUCCCCAAUUUCGAUCGAUUUGAAACGUCACUCAAAGAGCGAGAAACUAAACUCAAUCGAGUUCAAGUCCAGCCAAAACGCGAUGACAACGACGAGAAAACAGGUCAGUCCUCGCCCACAAAACCGACCAAAUUUAGUUUCGAGCGACAUAGUUACAAUAAACCCAUUGACGAAGAGCGAUUUAGAAUGGAGCUGAGAGAGAUUCCAAACAUCAUCCCCACAGAUUGGUCCAAACCGUUCAGCAAUAAAGAAGCAGAGAAAUUCGACUCGACAACUUCUCGAACUUACACUGUGCCCCAUAGGCCAUCGGUAUACGAACCCCAAAACUCACCGGAGGCAAAGGAAUCCUAUUACAAGCCUUUGAAUGAAAGUCAAAGGGAAAGGCUUUUCGAUAGCAAACUGGAAACAAACAAAUUACAUUUCUCAAGAAAUUCUGCACAAGAUAAAACUUUGGGCAAAGUCUCUUUAAAUUUAGAGGAUGUUUCAAAGCCGACAGAGAUCCCCAAAUUCACUUACAAAAUAUUGGAACCACCAAUAAAACCGACGAAACUGCCUCAAUUCACAUACACACUUUUGGACCCCGAGAAGAUCCAAAGUUCCAAGCCAACUCGUCCAACCACAUAUAAACAAUUCAAAGACUACGAUAACGACGAUAGAGAGAGCGAGGACGAUUUCAUUCUUGUCCGAGAUCCUGGUCAGAGAGGGUUUAUUGAGAUCAAGAAAGAAGAAGUUGGCAGCGGUAUUCCAGCGGACAAUCCGUUCACUCGUUCCAAAUCAAAGUCCCCAAGUGCAGGAUCUCAAGCCCUUGAUGUUCAAUCUCAAAAGGUCCCGCCAUUCUUAAGCUCACAGCCAAUCAGCACCUAUAAGGAUACCUCCUUCCCUUCGUUUUUCGCAGUUCCAUCCGGUUCAGAUUCGGACCAACGAAAGCCGAAUAAUAGAGAGAAAUUUCCAUCUGCCUUAGAACCUCAGCCCAGCGUUCAUACCUACACAAAAGUGAACUCACCUCAGUCUAGAGAGGAAACCUUAAACCAAUAUCGUAAUUCCAUUCAAAUCCUGAAGGAAAAUUCUUACCUCAAGGCCAAAACCAGGUAUGAACCUAUCGACAUAACUGAUGUGGAAGGACCGCCAAAGCGUCCAAAGAGUUCAAAAACAUACAAAAAAUACAAAUCUCCUCCCAAGAUCGUAACGCCUAAACCUUACAAAAAGAACCCAAUCAACAACUUGCCGACAUUCACCCUUCCUUCCAUGACCCCAAAUAUCUUGAAGCUGAAUUCUGAGUUCAGAAAUCAACCAAGAAACGUUCCCAGUCAACAACCGAAACUCCAGGCUAGGCCAGGUUUGAGAACUACCGAAGACACUCUCGAUUUUCCAAGUGAUAUGCCUAAUCCGUUCCGGACUGAUAUCGGAUCCAAUUUCGAGUUUCUCCAAGUUCCGUCCUCCUUGCCUCGACCAGCAUCAACGGCUGAGCUCCAAACAAUUGAGUUUGCAACUCGUCCAACUGUUCUAAAACUGCAGCCUCAUGCUCCGACCCAACCUUUAGGUCCUAAGAUCGAACAAUCCCGUCCUUCAUCGCCUCAGAUCUAUUCUCCUCCUAAACCUUAUCGACAACCCUCCUCUGUGAUUUCUGCGACCCGUCGAACCACUCCAGCUCCUCAACUCGACCACGUGACCUCUCGGAGUGAUCCUGGGGACGACUUGGAAUACGAAUACACGGGCCUUGGUUCUGAUCCCCUGCCCAAGGUUCUCUUAGCAAAUGGUCUCACUGUGAUGGCUGGAUUGAUUUCUGAAGCUGGGAUGGAAGUACGACUGAGUGGUCCAGGACCCUACACGAUGUUUGCUCCUUCUGACAAAGCUUUUAACGACUUCCUCAACAACUAUCAUGAAAGAGGCGUGUCAGCCGCUUUGGAGGCUUUGAAAACCAACAAGGCAGAACUGAUUAGGAUUGUCCAGAAUCACGUGGUUAAAGGUCUGGUCUUGGGACGUGACCUGGAAGAUGAUUUGGUUGGCACCUCCUUAAGUGGCAGUAAACUUAGAUCAAAUUUGUAUUUGACGGAGAGUCAAGAUUGGAAGGAAAUAUUGGUGAAAACAAUCAACGGCGGGAUCAUUCAGAAAACAGAUAUGGAAGCAUCCAACGGUGUCAUUCAUCUCAUUGACCGAGUUCUGUUUCCGCCAGCCACACAAAACAUCAUUCAGACAUUGAAAUCUGACCCAGAGGGGCGAUUUACCACGUUAUUGAAGGCUCUCAAAGCCACAAAACUUGACCAGGAGAUUUCAGAUUUCUCAACUGGCCCUUGGACGAUAUUCGCUCCCACGAAUGAAGCCUUUAUGAAUUUGCCUAUGUCAGAAUUGGAGGCUCUUAUCCAAGAUCCAAAGAAGCUGAAUCGUCUGGUUCUCAAUCAUCUCAUCAAUCGAAGUGUGUUCAGCGCGGGAUUAAAGCCUCACCAAGUGAUUGAUAUGGCCAAUGGGAAUAAACUCAAUCUAUUUUCAAGGAGAGAUCGCGUCAAAUUGGAUGGUGCUAAUAUCAGUGAUAUGGACAUCCCAGCUGCCAAUGGAGUGAUUCAGAUCGUGGAAAACGUCAUUGAGCUGAAAGACGAUGCCCAAUCAAGCUUGGAAUCGCUUGAAAAGACAAUCAAACCAGGUUUGCUGAAGCCUCCCAAAACUCCAAAGCUCUUCAAGUUUUAG